GGGCGCUUCGUCGUCGGAGCUGCUGCUCGAGGGGCGGGUGGCGGAGGCGGCGUGAGGGGGGAAGCCGUUUCCAGAGAGCGAGCUGAGGGGAUGCGGAGCGGCGUGGCUUUCCUCCUCUUGCCGCCGCCGCCGGAGGACUUGUAAGCGCCGAGGGGAGGGACCCGCAGCCUCGCUCCGUCCUGCUUCUUUCUUUGCGCGCGGGCUCCACGCGCUCCAUGGGACUCGGCUGAGGCGGGAGCGGCGGCGCCGCUGCCCGUAUCUCCUUCUUCUUCUUCUUCUUCCUCCCCUCCUCCCGCUCCUCUCCUCCGAGGAAGUUUCCCGCCAGCAGGCGCGCCCUGGUGGGCAUGAAGGGGCGGCCGGGCUGGAGCCGCGGCCAGAGGCGGCGGGACUCGAGGGCGUCGUGCCGGCGAAGGGCGAAGCGAGUCUGACCGGCGGGGGUCGUCGUCGCCGCUGGCGGAGGCGCGGGGGGCGAUGAUGGUGGCGGCGGCGGCGGCGGCGGCGGCGGGUGAGGAGACGAGGAGCCCCUCACGCUGAGAGAGAGGGAGGGAGGGAGCGCGGCGCUUCUCACCUCUCUCGCCCCCGACCCCCUUCGCCCCUCCCCGGCCACAGGUGCGCGGAGAGACCGCGGAGGAGGAGGAAAGAUGGCUCUGGUCAAGGUCUACUCGGUGCUGGAAGGUAGGAGGAAAACUGGAGAAGGGGUUGGAGAGCGCCCAGGGUUUCAGACAUCAUCACCAUUCAUCUCGAUCAUCGUUUUUUGUUGUUGCCAUCGUUUAUUUUCCUAGACACCACUGCCGUUAUUGCCAUUAUUCUCCUUAACAGGGGAGCCUCCUUUGCUGCUCAUCUCCCUGAAAAAUCUGGAUGCCCAAGACUUGAGCAUGGCAGGAAGCAUGGAGAAGAAAGUCUCUUUAAGGACCUGCGGGGGGGGGGGGAGAAUUAUUCCCUUUCUUCCCCCUGAUCAGCUCAACGGGGACCAUCUCUCCCUCUCUCAGCUCCCCAAAGUGGCCAGCCAGCUGCUUCUCUCCCCCCCCCUUCACAUCCACCCUAGGGGGUUAAGUGGGGUUAAUCCCUGACAUCUAGGAGAACAGCCAGAUGCUGGAGCACAGAUAAGGGUUGCUGCAAUCUUCCAGCCACGAACGGGGUAGGGGGAGUGGGCAGGUGGAGGUGUGCCCCAGGACAUCUCCAGGGCUGCCUUUUUUUCUAUUUGACAGGGAUGUGGGUGUGUUGAGGUUUUCUGCUCAGUGUGUGUGUGAUUCCGCUGUUCUUCUGCUCCAGUUUCAGCCAUGUUUUGACUUUUCAAAGAUGUGUGGAGCGUUCAGCUCUUCAUUCCCCUGCCCCACUGCCACCCCAAAUUUCCGUGAUCUGAGAAUGCUGCAAUGUUAUGGGAGAGAUGGGGUUGGGUGGGGUUUGCCUCCAUUCAGGUCGUAACCCUGUUUGGUAAAUACUGCUCCGGCCUCACAGUUUUUAAGCUUCUUGGGAGGUAGAGAGUGAAGAGCUGGACCCAUUUUUAACCAACCUAUCACCCCCACCCAUAUGUCCUGCGAUUUGGCAUCUCUGUAGGUACAUGAUGCUGCCAAUACAUUGGGUAGCAUCCAAGUAUACCCCAAAGGCAUUGAGACACCCUCUGCCCUCUGCAUGAAGACCUGGCAUUUACUGACUGGCACACGACUUUCCCCCCUUCCUCUUUCUAUCCCCACCCCACCUGCACGCCCAGGAAACAGAGCCCAGUGUUCUCCACCUCAGUGUGGUAGGGGUGCUGUGAAUUUUUCUUGGAAAAGCUGUGGCCCACACCAAUAUCUUCCAAGCCCAGGGUUGCUGGCAAUAGGCAAGCAGCUCUCUUCCUCUCUCUCCUCCCCAUCCUUCCUAAGAUUAAGGUUUGGCCCAGAUUUGUAUCACUUGCUCUUUGUGAAAGUUUAAUGGCCUAGAUCUACUAAUCAGAGUCUGGGUCAAGACACUUCUGGCAAGGUGCCCUUUACCUGUCAAAGGAAAUGUCAGCAGUGCUCAGCAUGGCUGUGGCUGGCACGGUGCCUGUCUGCCUGGGGUCCCACCAACUAAUCCGUAGCAUAUUUACAACGUACCAUUAAACUUUUAUUAGAAGUAUGUGUUGCAUUCAGUGGUGACAAAUCCCAUAAAGGGUGGAAGAAACUGCCCAGGUGUUCCUUUGUUCCAAUAGGAUGAUCUGCAGCUAUAGGCUCUCUGGAAACAACUGCAGCGCUGUAGCUAGUUAUAGUUGGCACUUUCCUAGUUCCCUUCCACCCACCCCCGAAAUUCCUGGGUUUUAUAUACACGCACUGGUUUGUUUUCCAUAGCGCAUGGAGACAGGCCACCUGAGAACAUCCAUAGUUGAUUCCUUGGGCUUAUCUGAGUAUGCUUCCGUCCAACUACAAAGCUGGGGAAGUUUAUUUCUCUCGGGUGGGUGGGGAUGACUGAGUAGCAACUGAGAGUUAGGAAAUCCCAAGGAAAAUCCCACCCACUAGGUUUUCAGUGGGUGGGUGGAAUUCUGGUUCUGCUGCUGACAAAGGUAGUCAAGGUGAUUGUGGAGUGUCCCUAUGAGUACCUACAGCUUUAAGGACUGCCAGGUGUUCGUUUUGUUGUGUCUUGUUGCUGACUGUCACAGAGCUGCGGGUAGCAGGAGACAGCCCUUAUUUUAGAACUGUUGAGCUGCAUAAGGAGAGAAAUAACAGAUUCCCAGCCAGGUUUCUAGCCAGGAAUAGCGAGUGUAUUGAAAGCCAAAGAAGCCUGGAGGAAAUCCAAGGCUCCCAGUUUGUCUUUGGAAAUGGUAGCACAGGUGAUGGUAUUGAGAAUUGAACCUUCCAAAGUGUGCAGCUUUAUUACCAAUCAUAAGUGGAAGCAUGUUUAAAAUACUUUUUUUGAAACAAGAGGAAGCUGCACCAUAGGUUCCAACUCCUGAAUCUUUAAUUUUUGAUUUCACUGAGCAAGGUUCAAACAGUGUGUUGGUUAUUUGUUAUUUGUUGUUUGUUGAUUAUUUGUUGUUGAUGUUGUUGUUUGGUUUUUUAAAAUCCUUCUUACCUGAAACUUCCUUGGUUUAUACAAUAUAGUAUUUGUCUUCCAUAUUUCUGCAGCAAAAGUGUAGAAAGUGUAGAAUGGAAACGAGGUGCACCAGAUGUUUUGCAGCUUUCAUAUAUUUUAAUUACUUUGGAGAUGGCAUAGCAAACAGGACAUUCUGCUAAAAUAUUCUAUCAGGAAAUAGAGUUGUAUGGAAUGUUUGCUUUCCUAAUUUAAGGAGCAAGCUGAUAAAUACUGCAAAUAGAAUGAUGUUCGCCUCCUGUGCUAGGCUGACCUCUUAUGGUGUUGAGGUGGCAAAGUUUAUCUUCAUCCUGUCAUGUAUUCAUACAUUUUGUGUGACACAGAAUAGUUUGGACAGAUAAUGAUGAAAAGAAAUACUGACAUUUUAGGUCCAGGAAUAUUACUCUGUAACACGAUGUUUGCCUCUAUGAAUACCUUGUACGUGAGUUAAUUGCUGUGCUUCAGUGAUUUUUCAGUUUUGGCUAGGAAAACAGAGAGCUAUUAACAGCACAUCUAUAUAGAUAUUGAAACAUUCCAUUAACAAUGGUGUAGUAAGAUCCAUAGUAUAAAGCCUGUGUAUCAUGAGCUCAUCAUUGGAAGGUUAAUUGCACAUGCAAAGUGUAAGUGAGCUAUAAGCAGGCAUCAGUUCGUCUACGUCUUUUAGUGCUCCCACGCCUUUAUCCAGCUUGUUUCAUUGAUGCUGCUAAUAUUUAAAAUAAGUUUGUAUGCUACCUAAUUCUGAUACUUUGUUAUAGGUGACAAGCAAGAUUUAGCAUUUAAAUAGGAAUGAGAAGUUACCAAGGGCCAUCCGCAGCUCAGCGAGGUUUUGAAGCUCAGGUCAUCCCUCCUGAUCCUUGGAUGAGAAGCCCAACGCUUUGGGGUAGCAUAUUUGGGGUAGGAUGCAUGCUGGUAGCAGCACCAACAGUAAUAGGAUAUUGUGGUUACAAAUCAAAGCGCCUGCAAUUCAUCUCGCUGUUCGUUUGUGACACUUGAGUUUGUGUUGCAUAGCAUACUUCAAAUAACUUGACACUGACUUUGCAAAUAACCUAUGAUUACUUUAUCCUGUCUGCUAGGUUCCUGUAUUCCUGUAUAACCAGGUUAUUGCAUGAAUUUAAAAGGAGAUUUCUAUAAGAUAAUUUCUUAGCCGUAAUCCAGAAGGUGUCUCCAUCUGAGGAUCUAAAAAGAAACUGCUAUGAAUAGUUCUCAGUCUUUCUGAAGAUUGUAAUCCCUCUGAAAUUCCAUUUUUAGACACUUAAUAGAGAAUCAAGAGUAUGUCAUCCCAUUAGUUUUUAACUUGGUGCUGAACUCACUAUGAUAGCAGUUCUGUAUAUUACAUAACUUGUGUAACGCAGUUACAUUUUUGGAGGAUUGCUCUGGGUGGUUUAGCUGUUUCACAGCUGAAAACAUAAUUGGAUCCAACAUGAUAAAUGUAGCUUCUUUCGCCAUUUUGCUGACCCCAAAGUUAGGCUUUGAAGUGAGUUGUAUACUUGGAUUAAUUAUAUCUACUUUACUUGGUAUAAAAGUAAGUUCCUUAAAAUUCUUAUGUGGCAAAGAAGUUACAGUAGACAAUUUCAACAAGUUUUGGAGAAAGGACAAUCCUGAGGUUGUGGUAUCUGACAGAAUUUGCUGAGCAAGUCCUGCCUGACCAGUGUUAACCUAACUUUCCACUACAGAGGGGAUGCUGGUCUGUUAGGGCAUGUGGGGCAUUGCCCCAGCAAUCUCAGUCUGCCCUCAGCCAGCCUCCCGUCUUAUUUAUAACCUGCCCAGGGUGUGGCAAUGCUUGUUUGCUUCCUCCUCCUUAGUCUGGUGUGGGCAGAUCUACAUGAUGCAUUUGAAGCACAUGACUUCCUCAAAAGAACUAGAAACUGUAGUUUCUUGAGGCUACUGGAAACAAGAGCUAUGUGAAGAGAAAACUACAGUUCCCAGUAUUCUUUGGGGAAAGUCAUGUGCUUUUAAAGGUGUGUUGAAUAUGCUUUCAAUGCAUAGUGUGGAUCUGCUCUCAGUAUUGCUGUUGUAGAAGGGAGGAGGGUGAGGACAAAACUAAGAAUUUGUUGGCUCCGACUCCUCCAGCUCUUGGCCUCCCACCAGUCUUACUGGAUGCCAGCCACCACUGUUCAAUUAAGUGCGUUAAGACUGUGAGGAAACAUUUCUCAGUGGCGUUUCCACCGUCCUCCUUCCUCCAAAACCGAACGUUAGCAAUGUAAAUGCCUUGAUUCUAACUGUCACGCAGUAUUAAGGCAUAAAACCUCCCAAUAUUAAGACAUAAAACCUAACUUGCCGAUUGCAAAACCAGCUAUAUAGGAACACAUUGUUGCUCUUCUCUGGCUGUGUAAUAGCAUUCCUUUGAAAUGUAUCAAAUUCUGGAAUGAACUAAAGCCUCUGUAAAUUCGGGUACUCCUAUUUGGUCCUGUAACAAUGAAACUUCAAGCAGUGUGUAAAAACUACUCUCCUGUGAAUCUAAUGGAUGUUUUCCAACGAUAGGGAGAACUGCCACUUAAUGACAUUUCUUUCUGAAGAUUUAACAUUCCAGUCCCUUUAUGAUUAUAAGUAGAGUUCAAUCUGCAUUCAGUAGAAGCCUACAUUUCUGAGUCACUUCAGGGUUUGUUAACUGCUGCAUUCCAUUUGCUAAAGAAAGCUCCUUGUUCAUUUUCAAAACGGAACCUUUGGUUUGGGAGAAGAGCGAAGCCUUCACUGCAAUUUGCUUCUUGAGGGUGCUUUCCAUAUUGUUCUUCUGCAACGAUAUUAAACUUCUCGUUUUGGGUUUUUGUAAUUGUACUUUAUCCUACCCAUCCUUGUCCAGGAGUUCUGGAGAGUAAUGUUGUCCAGGUGUUAAGCUUCUUGUUUCUAGGGAUGAGGAAGGCAGACCCAACUUCAGAACCUCUUUGUGAACUUGAGUAACAUCACCCUGGGGGGCAGCAUUGAAAAAAGAAUGACUAUGAGCAAGAUGUUGAAUUAAACAUGUAAGAAACUCAGACAUACCCAGCAGUAAUUCUACUCAGAGCAGACCAAUUAAAACCAUUAGAUGUAACAAACUGAAGUCCAUUAAUUUCAGUGGGUCUUCUUUUAGCAGAUCUUAGCUGAAUCCCACCACUUGUUAUUGUUUUGAGUUGUGUGUGUGUUUCAUUUUCUCUUUUUAUGAAAACCCAGAAACAGCAGUCAUUUGUACAGAGUUAUAAGGUGUUAGCCAAUGUUCCUCAUACUUGAGAGUAGACCCAUUGAAAUCAAUGAACAUAAAUAACUUGGGCCUACUAAGACUUAGCUGGAUAUCACUUGUUGUGGCUUCAUACCCAAUACUCGUUUUUUAUGUAUAUUUUAAAUUACCUUCUGAAAUGUCUUGCAUGAUAGGAGCAAAGAACCCAUUGCCCUUUACCGAAGAGAAAGCAUAUUGAAUUGUUUCAGCUGGAGAGGCAAAACAUCAGUAUAGAAUAGACAUUGAUCUGAAGGCUCCUGAACAUGUCUCCAGCUUAUGAUCUAAAUAUUGUGUGCACAAACAGAAUGGGAAUGCCUGAAUUUCUGGGAAGUGAGCUGCUUUUGGUUCCCUGUACAGCUUCCUUUGAGACACACACAGAGAGAUCAUGGAAUGGAAGCUAAUGCUGCUUCAAGUGGAAUUAAUAUCCCAGAUUUUCCACUCACUAAAGGCCUGCUGGGUUCUGAGGAGAGCAUGCAAGCAGAGAGCAUCUGCCUCGGUGCUGAAACAAACUAUAAUAGGUCUCUAGUAACCAUUGCAAAGCCCCAUUGUAUAUAAAGGUGAGAUUGAUAUGGCAGUGAUUCCACUGUUAGCUAAGAUAAUGUGCUGGCAGCUUAAAAGAAAGAACAGUGGUUCUUAUUUCCAUUUAUUUAUAUAGAAACAGUUUACUAAAGCAGUCAUCUAAUGAACCUCAUUCUCUUCACAAUACAGCCCCACGCACCGCCAACCAAACCCAAAACCCUACAAGAGGAACCUCAUUUCCUCUCCCCACUCAGUCCCAGUCACCAAUUCCUUUGGAAUGUACAACUUGAAGGAAAAAAGAAGGAAAAGAUAUUGGGAAGGGGAAGAGAAGUGGGAAAACUAGGAAGCUUUGCCAGAUGCUGUUAAACUUUUUCAUACAAUCCCUACUAUAAAACCUAUAAACUCUGGUUGUGAGAAUGAGUAAGUUCUAUCCAAGACUUCAGUUUAUGCAGAACCAAUUUUAUAUAUAGUUUUAGGAGCAGAAUUGGCCUUUGUGAUAGGAUGGGGUUUUAACUCUCUAAGAUAAAAACUUUAAAAUCAGUUGAGAGAAUAGGAAAAUGAUCAGGGAUAGUGUUCACAAGAGUUCAUCAAGUGUAUGGGAAGUAGAUGAUGGGAUAGGAGGUAGCCAAUUAAGAUCUGUGCUAUUUUUCUACACACACACACACACACACACACACACACAGACAUCCAUCUUAAUUAACAUUGGGUGGCAUUCAACUAAGUUUUACUUGGAGUAGACUUGUUGAAAUGAAUUAACAUGACUAACUUUCAUUUAUUAAUUUUGUUGGAUCUACUCUAAGUAAAACUUAGUUGACUACAACCCAUCAGUAUAAUUUUUUGUCUACCUUUCCAGUUUCUCGCACAAAGAGAUUGCACUCUAGUCACACACAAACAACUGUUCUGUUGGGGAAAGGGAAUAUAGAGUUGUACAGCAGGUGUGCUGUGCCUUUUCCCCAGUUGUGUUUAGGGUUGGUGAAAUUGAGGCAUCAGUACUUUGGGGAUAACAUGGCGAUAUAUUGUUGUCCAUACUGCACCCCUUUUAAAAUAGUCUUAGCACACCUCAUCACUGUAAUAGGAUGCUAUUUGUGUAUCUUUUACUUGCCUGACUGCAACUGAGGUUUUCUGCUGGAGAUUUCCCUUCCCUUUUCUGCUAGAUGGCUUGUAAACCUGUGAUCUCUUCCUAGUAACUGGGAAGAGGGGUGGUAUAUAGCGUUAGGUAUGGUUGUGAAAGUCUAGUGAUGGUAUUAUCAGAAUUCUCUAAAAUGUAAGGAAGAAUGACUCAAGAUCAUUGGCCAGAAAUGCUAGUUUGAUACCAAUUACGAAUCUACUAUUGCCAUCACUUUUAAAUAAUAAGAAUAAAAUUCGGAAUGUUAAAGCUAAAUUCUUAGCCCCUGUGGCUACAAUGCCAAGUUUUAAAGAGUGAUGCCUUAUAACUGUUUGAGAUUAAACAGGCUUUGCAUUGGAUUUGACAGAGAGGAGAAACACAUUGUUCAAGGACUGAUUGCUACCACUGUUGAAUUGCUAUCCCCAAUGAAUCCUCCUUGUGUUAUUGCAAAACACUUGCUUCUCUUCCUUUCUCUCUCAGGCAGAAGUUUGUACUGGCAAUAGAUGCUCACUACUGUAGCAACUGUAACUGCAUAGCUCAUUCUUCCCUAAACUGGUGCCCCGAAGCACAACUGCUGGCUGGGGCUGACUGCAAGUUCAAAACAAACUGAGGGCACUAGAAUCAUAGAAUCAUAGAGUUGGAAGAGACCACAAGGGCCAUCGAGUCCAACCCCCUGCCAAGCAGGAAACACCAUCAGAGCACUCCUGACAUAUGGUUGUCAAGCCUCUGCUUAAAGACCUCCAAAGAAGGAGACUCCACCACACUCCUUGGCAGCAAAUUCCACUGUCGAACAGCUCUUACUGUCAGGAAGUUCUUCCUAAUGUUUAGGUGGAAUCUUCUUUCUUGUAGUUUGGAUCCAUUGCUCCGUGUCCGCUUCUCUGGAGCAGCAGAAAACAACCUUUCUCCCUCCUCUAUGUGACAUCCUUUUAUAUAUUUGAACAUGGCUAUCAUAUCACCUCUUCUCCAGGCUAAACAUGCCCAGCUCCCUUAGCCGUUCCUCAUAAGGCAUCGUUUCCAGGCCUUUGACCAUUUUGGUUGCCCUCCUCUGGACACGUUCCAGUUUGUCAGUGUCCUUCUUGAACUGUGGUGCCCAGAACUGGACACAGUACUCCAGGUGAGGUCUGACCAGAGCAGAAUACAGUGGCACUAUUACUUCCCUUGAUCUAGAUGCUAUACUCCUAUUGAUGCAGCCCAGAAUUGCAUUGGCUUUUAGCUGCCGCGUCACACUGUUGGCUCAUGUCAAGUUUGUGGUCAACCAAGACUCCUAGAUCCUUUUCACAUGUACUACUCUCAAGCCAGGUGUCACCCAUCUUGUAUUUGUUGGUAGAGGUUGCUUUAAGAACACUGGAUAUCCUUCCACUGCAGGCAGCAUGGCCCUAUGAUUCUGGGGCUGAUGGGUGUUGCAUCCCAGAAGAGCUGAAGGGCACCAGAUUGGGGAAGCCUAGCAUAACUGAUAUGACAGCCAGUGUGGUGUAGUGGUUAGAGCGUCACACUAGGACCUGGGAGACCAGGGUUCAAAUCUCCAUGCAGCCAUGAAGCCUACUGGGUAUCUUUGGGCCAAUGACUGCCUUUCAGCCUAACUUGCCUCACACAGUUGUUGUGAGGAUUAAAUGGAAGUGUGGAGAAGUGUCCCUUCAAACUCUACAAUUCUAUGUUGCUGUGAAAUUGUGUGUGUAUUCAUGGAUAGUUAUAGUCCCCAUUAUCAGGGGUCAGCAAACUUUUUCAGCAGGGGGCCAGUCCACUGUCCCUCAGACCUUGUGGGGAGCCGGACUGUACUUUUUUUUGGGGGGGGAUGAAUUUCUAUGCCCCACAAAUAAGCCAGAGAUGCAUUUUAAAUAAAAGGACACAUUCUACUCAUGUAAAAACACGCUGAAUCCCGGACCGCCCGUGGGCCAGAUUUAGAAGGCAGUUGGGCCGGAUCCAGCCCCCAGGCCUUAGUUUGCCGAACCAUGUUAUAGAUAUAUGAAAAACCUGUAUGUUUACUGCACCAAGGAAUGGGACCUGCAAAGGAAGGGAGUAUGUCAGGGGUGCUUACAGCUGUCCUAAUUUCACUACUCCCAACCUGAACCUUGCGAGGGUGAUCAUGAGCACUGAUAUGAUACCAUCGAGGCAGGGGCAAUAACCACUUAAUAGAUUGCUAUCAGUUCCACUUUACAGUCCUUGUGUCUGCAGCCCCCCCAAAAAAGAAAGGUUAAUGUGAGUUAUAAAGCAAGUGAUAAUUGCAUCAUGUAUACUGUAGUGAAUUUUCAUCGUUUAGCUUCUGUUUUAUGGUUUGUAGGGAACCCUGAUGUCCAAAUGAAGCAUAGUGUGUGUGUGUGUGAGAGAGAGAGAGAAACAUAAUAUUGCAGCCAAGUUCAGUUUCACCUAAAAAACUUUUAAGCUAAACCCUGUGACUUUUCACAGCAGUUUUGUUCUAAACAAGCAAGGGGGGGGGGGAGUCUGCAUCUUGUGACUAUUGAAAAACUGGCAAAAGUCCUCCCUAUGGUCCACUUUCUUUGCCCGUACCCCCUGCACUUAUUUAGUGUAACAGACAAAACUGAAGAAUAGGAUUGCACCACCCCACCCCCAAAGCCUGCUUAUCUUUGCUUUGUGUCACAUUUUAUGAUACCAGACCCUCCCCUGGCCUUAAUUUUGGGGUUGGCAAACAUGACAUUUGAUCUGAUGCACUGUAAAAAAGGUAAAAGUUAAAGGACCCCUGGACGGUUAAGUCCAGUCAAAGGCGACUUUGGGGUUGUGGUGCUCAUCUCGCCUUCAGGCCGAGGGAGCCGGCAUUUGUCCAUGUGGCAGCUUUCCGGGUCAUGUGGCCAGCAUGACUUAACCGCUUCUGGCACAACAGAACACUGUGACAGAAACCAGAGUGCACAGAAACGCCAUUUACCUUCCCGCCACAGUGGUACUAUUUAUCUACUUGCACAGGGGUACUUUUGAACUGCUGGAUUGGCAGGAGCUGGGACAGAGGAACGGGAGUUCACCCUGUCGUGGGCAUUUGAACCACUGACCUUCUGAUUGGCAAGCCCAAGAGGCUCAGUGGUUUAGACCACAGUGCCUGCACUAACCAUUCUGUUGGGACCUGGCUGCUAGGUCAUCAUUUUUUUGUUUCUCUAGCACUGCAGAGAGGAACCAUAAUAGAAAAUUAUUUCCUUGAAGUUUGUGUCUGCAGCACUGCCUUCUUUUUGUUAUAUUAUUGCCCAAAGUCGGAGGGACUGAGCGGGGAUGUUUUCACAAUCUCCAGAAGCAUGGCAGAGAGAGAGAGAGAGAGAGAAUAAAAGAAAAGGGGCUUCCAGUAGUGAAAGGGUGCAAAAAGGGAGAUGCAGAGGGAAAUAUAAAGGGUGUGUGAACAAAAGCGAAUGGGAUGGGGUCUGGUCUGGAAAAAAACACAAAUGUCUUGCCUCUUUAUCUGCUGUAAUUGGCUGCUUAUCUGCUACUUAGCCAUGCUGUAGCGGUAGGCUUCUCUUCUACACACACACACACACACACACACACACACACACACAGCGCACCAACUAUUUAUAGAAUCAACAUGAGCUUUAGUGAAAACCAAUCAGAUUUUAUAAAUCCUCCAGGAGGUUUGUUUCUGUAGCUGCAGCAGUGAAAGAAGUGAAAUUGCUGGAUAGUGGCACUGAAAAAUGUAGCCUGUGGUGUCCUUUGUUUUCCCUCUUAAUUCAGAAUGCCAAAAAGGCUCGUACCACAGAAACAAGCAUUGAUGUUCAUUGAUUUUCUUUUUCCUUCUCUUAAAAUAAGUGUGCAAUAAAGGGGCAGCGGUAGUAAAUAGACUUAUCACUGUCAAUUGAAAGUGAUCGGAUGUCUGGAAUGUUAAAUGUGCAUUAUUGUUAAGAAGCCUGCAUAUUUCUUGUAUGGGAUUCUGUGGGUAUUGCCUUGUCUUCCAGGGUUUUAUUAUCCCCCCCCCCAUUGUGUAAAAUGACAGCUGUGUAUCAGUCCUAUCAACUCACCUACAUAUGCUAGAUGUAAAAGCAGUGUAUGUUGUAGCUGAAGAGCUAUACCGCCAAUACAGUGGCCCAAUUCACAUGUAACAUGAAGCCAAACCAUGGCAUAGUGUGAAUGAACAAACAUGCAAGCUCCUGGAGAGGAGAUUGUGGCCACUUUGCUCCUCUCUAGCCAUGGUGUGUGUGCACCGCGUCAUGUGAUCAGUGAAGUGGGGCGGGGCUUACCCACCCCAAAAAAUAUUUUAUUCAAGUUGGCACCCCUGUCUCUAGUGGUUUUGCCACUGUGCUGUGCUGAGCUAAACCAUGGUUUGGUUUAGCAUGUUGUCUAAACCUGAGCUCGUGGUUCAGCUCUCACACACAGACCAUGAACAGAAACCCGAGUUUGUGCUAUGGUUUGCAGCUUGUGGUUUGUCUGGAGAGAGCUCAACCAUGAGCCUAGGUUCAGAUGGCAUGGUAACCCAACAUAGCAGCAAAAUGAUGGGGGUGGGGUGGGGAGCAAAGCAGCCGCAGUCUCCUCUCCAGAAGCCUACAUGUUUGCAAAUGCACACUAUACCUUGGUUUGGCUUAGCGUUAUGUGUGUGAACAAGGGCAUAAUUUUGUCCUGGUUAGAUGGACCAUCCCAUCCUUCUUCUGCGAAGUAGCAGUGUGCUGUGUCAGGGGAGCCUAUUGCCCAUUCUUUCUCUACUUGCCAUCCCAGUCAGAAAGCUCUCCUUUUCCUUGCAUCAGAAUCUAGUUCUCUUUAUUCAGCUGCACAUAAUAAAGCUCCAGUUCUUUCAGGAGUGUGCAAGCCAAACACAGAAUGGUAUUUAAACAGUCCCAGAUCUGUUUGCAGUAUCCAUGGAACUGACACAUGUACACCACCCACUCUUUGUGUGUGCAAUGCAGCUUUGAAGGAUACAGUUUCACAAGGCAGAGAGGCAGAGAGCAUCUGAAUUCAUAGGGUAUGGUUUGAAACCAAAAGUACAGUUUUACAGAAUCCGAUGCAUAUGUCUGUUAGCAGUAAUUCAGAACCCUGAAGAAUACACUGACCUACCAGCUUAAUUGAAGAGGCCUCCUGUGCAGUUGUUAGAGCAUAAUGGAACAGAAUACUCUCUCCUUCACAUGGAUCCUUAUUCUCAGAGCUUUGUAGAAAAUACAGAACCUAGCAUUAACACACACACACACACACACACACACACACCCUGUAUCAAACAGACUUCUCAGUACUAUUCCAUCUUCAGUCACAGAUAACUAAGCACCGUAUUUUUCCUCGAUGCCCACAGCACUACAUAAAGCCUCCCAGAAACUCUCUGCAUUGUUUCAUUGCCAGAUAGGUAGAAAGGUCCACCCCUGUAGGCUUCUGUCCCUCCAGGCUGGGGUAAAAGAGAUUCAGAUGUGUGUUUAUCCUUGGUAGUAGCAUGCUAUCAAGAGAAACUGGAGCCAUUGGCAAAGCUCUGUGGGACAAUUCAGGCAAUGCCAUCACUAUUUGGAAUGCUCUCUCUUGUGAGGUGUGGCCUACACUGAUGUUGUACAGCUUUUGUUGGCAGAUGAAGAUGCGCCUCCCCCUACAGGUAUUUGGAGAUGGGUAGGGCAAGAUGAAGUUUUAGUGAACCCUCUACUGUUUUGGUGUUGUGCUGUUCAUUUGUUUUCUGUAAUACUUUUAUGUAGCCCACCCUUGUGUGAAGGGCGGGUUCUCAUUAUUAUAAUCGGUAUUAGCUUCAUUGCACUUAUAUCAAACCUUUCAUCCAAGGAGCUCAAGUGCAGUUCAUCCUCCCUCCCUAUUUUAUCCUCACAACAACCCUGUGAGGUAGGUUAGUUAGAGAGACAGACAGACAUUCUGUCCCAAGGUUACCCUGUGAGUUUCAUGACCAGCUGUCUUCCUGGUCUUCCUAGUCCUAGUCCAACACUCUAGCUGCUACUAUCCCACUCUGGCUCUCUUAUAAGCACUGGGUUGUGUUCAAUGUUAGUCCUACUCAGAGUAGACCUAUUGAAGUUAGUUAGCAUGAUUACCGUAACUUAGGUUGACUAAUUACAAUGAGUCUUCUCUGAGGAUGUCUGAUAUUGAAUACAAGCCACCAUACAUAAAUUAUGUCACCCACACUUACAUCAGAACAAUCUAUGUUCUACUAGGUCUCCAUAGCCCAGUAUCACAAGUUGGGAGUGGUAAGACACACUGAGAGGGCAGUAGCCAACCUUCUAACCACUUCAUUGAAGGGUUGCCCCACUUGGCCUUAUCAGAGUUCUUCAGUAAACAGCUGAACCCAUUAACAGCAACAUCUAGAAACCAAGAGACUGGUUGAAAUUCGGUCCUUUCUUUUCUUGGUGGUAAGUAGUUGGCUGUUCAGCAAUGCCCUGGAAACCCAUAAUGGAAAAUACGACUUUCUCCUUUAUGGAGCUUGUUCAAUGUCCAGAGUAGGUCAGUAGUGAAGGAAAGCAGUUAACCAUCUGUUGCAGAUGGGAGACCAUCUGUUGGGAAGUCAUACUUUGCUAUAGAUUAACACUAAUGGAACUUCCGGCACAUAUGGGAAUUUGAAGGGCUAGAGCAGAACCGAACAUUGUCUGAUGCUUAAACCAGAGGGAUGGAGCAAUGUCUUUUAAGAAACAUUAGCAUUGUUUGACAGACUUUGUGAGCUUCUACGUGCAUUGGCUGCAGUCAGGAAAUGGUUGUCUGUACAAAGAGGCAGUACAAGUUCAUUGGGGAAGGGGUUGAAGAUGGAAGAAUUAUUCUGAAGUAUGGAUCUGUAUCUAUCAUAGCAGUCCAAAACAUACGCCUCAGCUCCAAGACUUUUUGUUAAGGAGACUGAUUGUAUUUCCCCAGCUCCUAAUCUGGCCCAGAUAUGCUUAUAGGUUCACUUUGUAAUUGAAACUCAAGCCUGGUUUAUACAGGUAGCAAAAUGGAGGUGGUAGAGUGGACUGCGCCACUUCAAACUGCAGUUGUGUUCUUGUGUACAAAACUAUCAGUUUUAAACACAAAAACUACUGCACCAGGCAGAAAGGUUCAAGCCCAGCCUGUUUCCUACUGUGCCAGGUUUCAACUUACAUGGUGGUGGUGGUUGUUUUGAAAAAAUAAAUAAAUUGCUGGUCAGUAUUCAAAAAUGUGAUCUCUCCCAUGUGCAUGUGAAGACCAGGGUUUGGAAAUAUUGUAGGAAAAGUUCAAAAAGCACGUGUUCUUGGUGUCACAGAGUACAAAAUGCAAAGUGCUGGUUUUUAUGGGAGUGUAGGAUUGCAGAGCAUACUUUCUGGAGCUAAGUACACCGGGACCAUUGUAUAACAUGGCCAUAAAAGACAUGCAAUUUGUACUUCAGUUCUUAGCAGGAAAGUGAUCUGCAGAGUGUGCUGUCUUCCACAUACAUUGCAGUCUUCUAGCAUUUGUCAGAAUAAAGGUGUUGCUGUAGUACAGGAAUGAGGAACCUGUGGCUCUCCAAAUGCUGUCAGACUCAACUCCCGUCAGCCCCAGCCAGCAUGGCCAAUGGCAUGGGAUAAUGGGAGUUGUAGUUCAACAAGAUCUGGACUAUAGUAGUCCUUGCUGGCUGUAUCAGUGGUUUUAAAGAAUCCCUGUACAAAUUAGAGGUGCACCUCAAAAAAUCCUGCAUCAAGGAAGUUUCUGUGAGCACCUGCCCAUGACAUGCACCCAUGUCGGACAGCCAAAACUUGCACCAUUCCUCUAACAUGGACAAAGAAUUGCCAAUGUACAUGGUAGAGACAACACUUCUUGCUGAGCCUGACACUUUACCUGCAAGUCUUUGAUGGUUUCCCAGUUGGGAAUUGCUGUGCUAGGAGAAAGAAAAGAAAGCAUUACACCAAAAUAAUCCUGUCAUUCAAAUUGAACGUAUUGGACUACAUUGUACAUAUAUUAGAGGCCUUGAGAAUUAAUUUGUUACAACAGGCUUACCUGAUGUCUACUGUUUAGGGCUAGAGGACCACAAACCAUUUUAGCUUCGGAGUCAUGAGUGCAAGGGGAAGCUCAGAAAAAGAAAAUGUGGGUCAUCAAAAAGCUGUAAGAAAAGCAAGACUGAUGAUAACCUGGGAAACAAAUUCAUAGCACAGUGAGAUAUCUGCUGCAAGGAAGUCAUGUGCUGGUAGUAUCAAUUGCUCAGUGUUUUAAUUUUUAAGAAACACAUGUAUCUUGCAUAUAUGCAUUACACAUAUCCAAUAUACUUUUUAAAAAGGAAAAGGAAAAACUCAGAUUCACAUGACAGUCUCUGUUUCUUACUGCAAUAAACUGUGUUUUAAAUAUAUAUAUAUGUCUUCUGACAUUGGGUUCCCAGAGGUUUCACUUCCAGUAAAAUAAUAAAGGCAGCACCUGCUUAAUUUCAGCAAUGACACUGCACCUGGUGUUCUCAGUCAUGGGUCCUAUAAAAUCCCUUGCUCAGUAGUUACUACCCAGGUAGAAAGAAGCCCAAGUCUAAGCAUAAUGCAAAUCACAGCAGACAACUGUUUAUACAGUAAUUCUACUGUACAAAAGUGUUAUUUAUUGUUCUCAAAAAAAUGUUGUGGGGGUGGGAUUAAGAUUUACAUGCAGUGCUGAAGAACUGUUGCUAGUUCCCUAAGGAAACUGCGCUGGCUGAGAUUUAAGUUUCUAUCCUUUGAUGGCUCAGCUCACUCUGCACCACUGCAGUCCUGGGUUAGACCUGCAGCAAUGCCGGUAUACCUGCUGCUUGGCAGGCAAUGUGAUAAGCCUUAUCCUCAGUCCCCAGGUCUAUGUAGGGUUUCUUGCUGAGCAGUGGUAUAAUGUUCACAUGCAUUUCCAUUUCACUCUCAAGGAAGAUUAUAAUCAUGCAAUCAUGAAACAGUCCAAGGCUCUCCCGAAUCUCCGAAAACAAACAUUGAAGAUGCCUUAUUCAAGUGCUCUGGGGUGGGAUGCCUAAUGUUUCACUGCUACUUUACAUCUAUCUGGUGCAAGCCGUGUGCUGAAUCUUAAAACUGAAGAGGCACAGUCCCAACACAGAAUGGUUGCAGGAACAUUGAGACAAGCCAGUGAAAAAACUUAUGCUGAGGAAGAGGAAUUCUGCCCCUGAAGAAUAAUAAUUAUGCAAAUCCACAUCCAUUUAAAUAUAUAUAAAAAUUGGCUUAAUUGAAUAAUGCUAGUUAAUACUACUUUAAUGCAUGUACUAAAUCUGUGAUGAAUCGCUUCUCCAGACCUGCCUUCUGGAUAGUGAUGGUUCAGUGCAAAUGCUGCUGCCGCUUUCAGGAGUCCUUAACCCAAGAGCUGCUGGUUACUUGAGAGUAUCCUAGUAAUCAGUUUUCGCAGAAGCACACAAAUAUACAAUCAACAGACUUGCAGCAUGUUUCUUAAUAGUGGACAGAACACUGGUUUUGUCAAAAAGCCAUUGCAUGAUGAGGCCCAGAAACCACCCUGUCCCCAUGGUGAAAUAACCAGACAAAACACAGUAUAUUGAUUUAUGGGAUAAAUUAAGGCCACAACUUUAUUGGUUACAGAUGUGAAAGUUUUACAAUAGGCACUGGGUGAAGCCACCACUGAUCCACUCCAGCCCGUCUGCUGAAAGUGGGGCUGAGGGUAAACCCAACCAGGAGGGGCGCCCUAUGACUUACAUCACAUAGGGGUGCCCCCCAAGGGGUGCCCAUUCGAUCCUUUUAACAGGAUACCCUUUACCAUGGAGGGGCAGGUGGAGGCUACAACCUCCCCUCCAUCCAAAUCUAAGCCUAUCCAGUGCCUAUCUGCCUCCAUUACAAAAUGUGAGCUUUGUUUUCGUUUCUGCCUGGAUUACAUGGACUGGAUGGGUAUGAACUGAAUUUCCCAUAGUGUGAGACUGAGGAGAGUACGUGAGAAAGCUUUCUAGAGUAGCAUCAGCUGUUGCCAUCUCCACAGUAACCCACCUUGGAGAUCCCUUGGAGAUCUCUUGCCCCAGUUGGAGGCUGGAAGAGUUGUAGUUCCCAAGUUUGGGGAGAAACAUAGGAUGGUGCUUUGUACUGAAAUCAUGGGUCUUUCCCAGUCCUACUUAGAGAUGCUAAGGAUUGAACCUAGGACCUUUUGAUGCAGAACAUGUGCUCUGUCACUGAAAUACACCCUUCCCCCAACUAAUGACCAGUUAACAAUGAACAAGGUAGGUUAGGUGCAUAUUUAAUCUCAACCAAGGUGUCAAUAAAAUGGUGCGAUUGGCAUGGUAAUUCUGGACUGGUGGAGGGCUUCUCUUUGGCAAUGAAUGCUUUUCUUCUUCUUUUUAAAUUCAUUUUUAUUAAAUUUUCCACUUUAACAAUCCAAUCAAAUCACAUUAAAUAUUCCAAAUUAUACAUGUACAUAUCAAAUAAUCCAAAUAUUCUGCCAAAUUAUAAAUUUUGAAUAGGAUGCUUCAAGUUCAGAGUUGAAUGCUUUUCAGCUUGAUUGAGAGUUGUUUAUGAAAAGGGUACUAAGUGGAGAUUUUUUUAAAAAAUCCACUUCAGCAACCCUUCAAAAGAUAAAGAUUUUUAAUCAUUGUAGAGAGAUAUAAAUGGAGUUAGCAUCCAUCUGUCUUGAGAGACAAGAGAGUGUGCCUCCGGGGGUGAAAUCUAUCCACUGCAUUAGCAGCACUGAAGUGUGAAGCCUGGGCAGUGUGUAUGGAUGUCCUGGGUUGCCCAGACAACAAGACCCCUCUCUUAGCCUUGCAGAUGUGGUCCAAAGGAAAGCAAGGCAAUACAUUUGGCACCAGCUUGGCUGCAAGAGUUGCUGGAAGGAGGUGUACAAGGCACCAUCCAAACGCCUCAGGGACUCCACUCUGGAUUUGUGUAGGGUUUACUCCUUAGCCUUUUCUUCUCCCGAAGAUGUCCCACAAGGCUGCUGGUACAUAUAUUUGGGAAAGUGAAGUGUGGCACUGAUGAAGCACCUCGAUUAUUAACAAAAUAGCCUCAGGAACAAUAAUAUUGAUAUUUGGAGAGAGGGAAAUCAAGCUGUCAGAGAAGAAUAUACAUUUUGUUCAAUAUCAUACUAUUUGCACUGUUACAAUAUUUUGACCUCACAGAAAAUGGCAGAUCAUAUGAUGAGUAAAACAGAGAUUCUGUUUCUGAUCAUAUGUCUGAAAUGACACAGGGGCAAUGCCUGGGGUGCAGUAAGAGAAGCACAUAGUACUUCAAUGUACUACUUCUUCAAAAUGAAGACCUCCAAAGGUUUGGUGCUAACCCAGAACUUUUCCCAGGGCAAUAUUGUUGCAGGCUCAUAGGGAUCUGAAUAAAGUCUUUCUGCACACAGUGGCUUAGAAAAUAUCACCUUAUGAAGAGAGAGUAAUAACAGAAGGAACGCUUAUCAAGGAAAUUGGGAAGCAGAACAUAAGCAAUCUUGCUCAGAUAUCAUUGGGUAACAAAGUUAUUUUCAUAGAAACUGGCAGUGGGGAAAGGUAAUUACUAAAAUAAAAAGCAGGCUGCAGUCCUAUAUGCACUUACCUGAGACUAUGGUUUACUUGUGCCUAUAUGUACUUACCUUCUACGUAGGCACACAUAGGGCUGCACUGUAAAGUAGCAACUUACCUUAUAUAACAGAAGAGCUCUUACCAGAGUUUUUCCACACUUUAUGAAAAACUUACUCUUCCAAAAUAUUGCCUGCUGUUCGUAAUUUACUAAAUAUGAAUACUGAGCGAUCAGAAGCUCAAGAGAUUACCCGUGGACUAAAAAAUGAUACAUAGUUGGGCCCAUUUGGCUAUAUGGCAAAAUUUUAUUAGUGGGUUUUUCCAGUCAUUGAUCUGUCCAGCCCUUACAUGUAUCUUUUUGGAGCUCUGGAAGCAGGGAGGAGGAGGACAAAACUGGAGUUGGUUGGCUCUGCUUGUCGUUGGCUCUGGCCCUGCCCAUUGUGGGUUUUCCCUGUCUUCUGCCCUACCAGUCCCAAUCAAUGGGUACCAGCCACCCCUGUCUCAGUAAGAUUUCUCUUGGAUGCUACAGUCAUCAAUUGGAUGGCACAGCCAUCAAUAAUCUCUUGGAUGGCACAGCCAUCAAUAAUGAAUGUCUUUAAUCCUUUUUUAUUAUCAAUGCUGAUUAUACAGGGCCAUUUCUGUACAGAAUUUGUUAUUCAAUGUGAUUUGCUAUUUAAAACACACACACUGAAUUAAUCUCAGAAAGUGGUCUUAACUGAAGUAUUGGCAUAAUAGCCAGAGGAAUUUUACAGCACUGGUCCCUUUAUUGGUUCAGAAAAACCCAACACUUAGUGAAAAUUAAGGUUGUAGUGGGGGAGAGAGAGUUGUUUCAGUGAUGAAGUAGCUGAGGGAUUUUAUUUUGUGUUCCCUUCUAAAUAAAUAUAUUGAUCCAGUUACCCUGAGAUACCCAAACUUGCCUCACAGGAUGGGUGUGAAGCUAAGAUACAGCGCCUCCUGCUAUAUUUAUAGAUCUAUGUUUUUUUCCUGUUCUGUUUUUCUCACCAGUGUUCUUGAUAACUAUACUUGUCGUGGAAGGAAUUGCUGUGGCCCAAAAGACUCAAGGUACUUCUCUGGAGAACGCUUGCUGUAAUUACAUGUUGGUACAUAAAAAGUUUGAUUUUUUUAAAUGUAAUUUUAAAUGUUGUUCCUAGCUAAUUAUCCUUGUUAGUUAACCGACAUUAAGCUGGAGGGACCCAAUUUGGAUGUUACAGGGAACUCUGGCUUAAUGUGAACCAGGAUCUCUGCACUGAAGCUGGUACACAAUGAGAAGAGUGAGGAGCUCGUGGCCACAGUGCAUAUCUGGGGUGGUUUUGUAACAAGCGCGACCAUAGAGAUUGAAGAACAAGAACUCUCAAUUCAACACACGUUCACAUGCAUAUUGUUGUUAAAGGCCUAUGCUAAUUAACUUUUUCGCAAGGCAAUGCUGUGUGUGUUAAUUGCUCCCCGAGUAAGAAGCAUUCGUGGGGGGAAAGUCACUGCUGAGUAAUUAGCACUUGGCUUGCUUUCUUGGAAAUAAGUUGACAUUUAAGCCUUUUUGCAUGAUGUUUAUAUGCAUUAUAUGUACCUUUGCCUUCAAAGCUUCUGUCUUUGGGGAGGAAGAGCAGAUUGCAGUCCCUUCCUGUAGAGAAAAGAAACAACUAGCUGAAUUCUUAAUUUUUGGAUGGGGUUAAUUUUUUUUCUAAAGGUGUGAGCAUUCAAACGUGGAACAUAUACAUUUUUUGAAAUUCUAGAAAUCUUUGAGGAAUUGUCUAGGGAACAGAAGUCUCAGUUAUGGGCACUGCUUACAACACUGCCCAUUCUUUUCAGCAUGCUGCCUUUCCACCUCUGAGCAACAGUAUUUCCUCUGCAUGUCAGCAUGGAGCGGAGUCUUUGCUCUGGCAAUCUCGGAGCCCUUUCUGUGGGAUAGGUCUAGCCCAUGGGCAGGCAAACUAAGGCCUGUGGGCCGGAUCAGGCCCAAUUGCCUUCUGGAUCUGACCCGCAGACGGUCCGGGAACUGCCACGUGGAUCGCCAGCGCAUGCAUUCUUUCCCUCUCCCUCCCUCGGUGCUGGUACCUCCUCCUCCCUCCCUCCUCCUGACUUCUCCCCGCCCUGCCUAGAGGAGGAAGGGGGCUGGGCUUUGUUGGUGCCAGCAGCAGCAGCAGCGCUCGAGCGGCCGCCAUUUUAAGCAGCUCCUCUCCAGAGCCCAUUUGCAUGCUGCUCAUCAUCCUUCCGCCGCUGCCGCCAGCCCCUGCCACUCACAAGACACAGGUGAGCAGCCACUGGGGCUCUUGGUGCUCUUGCAUCAUUUCCCCCCCAAAAAUACUGUCCGGCCCCCGACAAGGUUUGAGGGACAGUGGACCGGCCACUGCUGAAAAAGCUUGCUGACCCCUGGGCCUUGAAGAGCAAACAGUUUUAAGAAACAAGCACUUUCCCUUUAGAGAUAUGCUCACAUUUAGUGUGGUUUUGAGAUCCUUGAGGAAUUCGAUCUUUGCUCAUUCUGAUUUAAACUGACCUUAUCCUCACGUCUCAGGCUAAUGGGUGGUUUUGGAACUUGGUUACGACUGAGAUUUUACACUUCUCUAAAUGUCACAGACUUCGUACCAGUACCCAGAGCUUGCCUUUCUGAGGGAGAUUGUUGUUUGUGGAGGUAUCCUGGAAUUAUUAUGAAUUGUUUUCUUGUGUUUUCUUCAAAAAAGGUGGGCAGAAUAUUGGAGGUAACCGCUUAGCAACUACCCAGUGUAGCGACUGGGUACGGACAAGCAACGGAGGCCACUUCGCUUCACCAAACUUCCCUAAUUUCUACCCACCCAACCAGGAGUGUGUCUAUAUUUUAGAAGGUAUUGACAUUGUUGUUUACAUCUUUGUGUACUCCACUGAUGAAAGUAUGCGUGUUUAAAACAUCUUAAGCACAACUUAGUUACAUCUAAAUAAAACAAAAUCCAGAAAGCAUUGGCAGGAGUCUGACAACACACCACAGCCGCUGCCAGCCCAAGCUGGGAAAAAGGCACAUAGCUGCCGCCGUGGCCUCAUGUCCCUCUUUCCCCAUCUUGGGCUGGCAGUGACUCAGGCUGUCCUCUUUUUUGUUCUACAAGAUAUGGCAGCCCUAUUUUUACCAAUUGUUGAUUUUAAUUAUCUUGUGGAUGUUUUUAAAUAACACUUUAUUAAUAAUUUUAAUGUUUUGUUUUAUAUUUUUGUUAACUGCAUACAAGCAAUAUACAAUUUUGUUUAAAUAAAUAAAUAGUAACUGCAGAACUUUGUCGUUCUCUCUUUCCCUGUAGAAAUUGCUUCUCUGAGGGCAGCAUUUGCAUUUCAGGGAGAGCUUCCAUUGGUGCCAAUGAAGGGUUCCCUUGAAAUAUCAAUACUACCUGUUCUAGCCAGAUUAUGAUAGGGAGGGUGAGAGUUAAACUUCUAAACAAGACUAGAAUAAUUCAUGGAAAGAUGGGUUAAUUAUUCUCUCUAAUACCCCAAGGAGAUUACAGUGAGUAUUCUGGAGGUGGGGAUUAGAGUUUUAGAGGUUUCAAAUAUCUUUCAACAAAUAUUGAUAUCAUUGGGAAGAAAACCAGGGAAACAUCAGUCCAGGUAUCUAGGCAACUAUUGAGUAAAUAAAUCACUUGGACUCUAAAUGAAAAUACCACAAAGCAUUAAACUAAGCAAGGGCAGUGGUUUUUUUAAUCAUUGCUACUAUGUUUGUCUGAGAUACACAUACAUACAUUAUUCUCUACCGACUUCAAUCACUGAAGCACCAAAAAUUGUACCCAAAUGUGGACAAAAUGCAUUGUGAUCAUUUUCAGAUAUGGGGGCAUGUUGUAUUGCACAUGUGUGCACGUGCCACAUGACCUGGGCAACUACGAAGUGCAUCAUGCCAGGAUGUGGCACGGGACCUCUCUAGAGCAGCCUUUUCUGCCAAAGUACAACCAGAGCAAGACCAGAAAGUAAGAAUGCAACUGAAUGUUGUAGGGGUUUUACUUGAACCAGAAAAAUGGAAGGACUUCCUUCAUCAGACAGUAAAGGAGGACCAUGCCUGAUUUUUCAUGUCUGAAGAAAUCAAGAUUCUCAUUGCAUCUCUAGCAGCCACGGAAUGGUUUACCUGGCUGCUCCUUACAAAUCGCACCUGCCUUGAGCCUGGGAAAUCACAUGCUACACCAAUAUCCCAUGCACUUACAGGAUGCAGCAUUGUAUCAUCAUUUGCUGGGCAUGCAAAGAUGACACCCUGGUGUACGGGCCCCAUUUAACAUUCCAGAAGAAACUAUGCAUACCAUUUGAGAGGUUAAUCAAACAGGUCUAUAACCGAACAAACAGCUGGACUGAUCUGGACAAGACAAGAAAGAAGAUGUUUGCAAAAUGGAAACAUCAGAAGCUGCCUUAUACCAAAUCAGACUAUUGGUCCAUCUAGCUUCGCAUUGUCUACACUGACUGGUAGUGGCUUUCCAGGGUUUCAGGCAAGGGUCUCUCGCAGCCCUACCUGGGAUCUUCUGCAAAGCAGUUGCUCUGCCACUGAGCUUCAGCUUCUCCCUCUUCGUAUGAACUAGGGUGAGCUUCUUUUGAGUAGCAUGUAAAGAAGGAAGUCCACCAUCGUGGUUGCAUCAGUGGCGAGGCACUAUUUUCAAGGCCUGUCCUUGCUUCCCCUAUAAGCUAGGCUGGAUUCAGAUGGAUGUUGGACUAUUUGAGCCUUUCUGGCCAAUAAUCCCUUAGCUUCCCUGACUUCUUAUGAACUGUCUUGUGACUGCAUGAAAGGGGGUGGGAAGAGCUACAAGUGAAAAAAGGCUGGACUUAUGCACUGCACUCUGCUCUUGUGAGGGGAAAUGCUCCAACGAUUCAGUUUGAUCAUCUGAAACAAUCUUGGAUCAGCACUGAUUUUUAACAAAUGAAAAACCGAAACCACUUUUUCACAGCAUAUUACCCAAAUUUCUUUGUGCAUGUAUAUUAUGCCCCAAAUGUCUAAAAAUUAUAACUAUAUGAUUCUCCAAAGCUAUCCUUGUGUUUUUAACGACUUCCUUAACUGGGACUUCCAGAACAGUGUUCGUAUAAUCUUACAUUCACUAUGUGUUGUACCAUGCUCAAAUAUUGAAUUGGCUGCGCAUGUGCAUCACCACACUGAGCCAUAUCUCAAAAUGAUCACAAUGGAUUAGUGCACAUUUGGCAUUGAAAUGAAAAAGCAUGUCUGUCACACCAUCCACUGUGUUAUAACAUGCUCAAUGGGCUGUGCAUGCUUAAAAGUGUAAUACCACAAUACCCCAUAAUACUCAUGAUGCAUUGGUCCAUGUAGUGUGACUUUGGUGCUCAUAUGAAAAAGUACACAGUUGUUACGUGACUUUCUACUGUAUGUGUUAUACCGUACUCAAAUUUAUUGAAACAGUUGCAGCAUGUCCCCCUUUUCUGAAAAUGAUUACCGGUACUAUGUAUUCUUCCACAUACAGUAUAAAUUUGGUACUUUUCUGGAACAUUGUGAAAAAAUAAAUCUUAUGUUGCCAUACUAAUGUAUUAAUUAAUGUUAUAAUUAUAUAGAAUUUGGUCAUUCGUCUCCAUGUUAUUUCCUGCAGUGGAAAUAAUGGGUUUUCUGGUCAAUGAGUUGUUCCUUUAAAUAAAUAAAUGAAAACCUGAAAACAAAGCCCACUUUCCACAUUGUAACAAAACAAAACAAAAAGUGCAAACUUCGCUUUUUACAGUAUCUAUCUCCAAAGCUGUAUGUGCAUACCAGCACUUGUGGUUUGUUUGAGAGCUUCUGUUAGAAUGUGAAAAGUGAGUUUUGAACAGCAAGCCAAAAACAAACCCUGGCUUCCCCUCAUGUUUGGAGCGAAACAACCUGCAAGCACUGGUUCGCAGACAACCCUAAGCCAGCUUCUGGUUUGUUUCCAACAUGGUAUGGCUAAGGAGAAUGGGGGAGAAGCAGAAGUGACAUGUCAAGAGUAGCUUCCUGGCAUAUGGGUUACUGUUGCUUACCAGCAGGGGAAGAGAUGAAGCAGCAAGGGGGUCAGUGAAGUGCAAGCAUACCAGCAGAGCAAAUCCAGUGUUCAUGCUGGUUCGUUUGCACCAUGCUGAACCUCCCCACUGCCUCUCCCCUUUCCUUUCUGAUAAACAACAACAACCCACCUGCUAGGAAGCGAGUGCCCUACCCAGUGAGCCACUUCUGGGGUGGAGUGAAGUGGGCACUAAUGAGCAGCAUACACCAGCACACUGUGCUCAUUUAUUUUUAACUAUGGUUUAAUGUGAUGCACAAACUGGGCUUUUCUUUAAAGAUACAAAGGUGGAUACCAGGAGGUUGGUUAGGAUUUUUCCAAGCUGCGUCAGGCAAACCGAAGAAGAACAAUGGCCUGGCUUCGAUUCCCAUAGACAGCUAAAUGUCAUGUUCCCAAAGUAAAACGUGUGGUGUCGCUUUUCUGAGCUUUCAUACAACACAGAAAUGAAGUGUUUCAGAACUUAAUAACUUCAGCAUUGGAGGAGGGAGUGAAACAUGUAUUGCAGAGCUAGAAAAACUGCCUUCCCUCUACAACCUCAAACUCCCAUGCUCUAUAAUAUGAAGAAAUUUUAUUAGAGGAAAAAAGCAAAAGGCAAUUUUGUCCUGCACCAGGAACACACACAUAUACACCAUGAGAUGCAGCAAUAAAGUGAUCAGGUUUAAGCCUGGAAGCAUAUAUUGUACAGCAGGAGAAAGUACCAAGAGGAUACUUUCUGUAAGCAGCUCCAGGAAACACUACAGACUUUCUAAGUCAGUUGGAACCCUAAACAAGAACAGUUUUGUUAGGGGCUGGAAAUGCACUGUAGCAUUUUGUUGCGGUUUCCCGCUUGUCAGCAGUGGGGAGUUGCUAGAUGGAGCUCCCAUGUUCAGAGACAGUAUACCUUUGAAGUGGGAAAGAAAGUAUGGAAUGGGUCUAAUCUUUUAAUGAUCUGCUGACGACCCUUCCAAAGGCAAGUUGCUAAUAAUACUAGAUACAAGAGUGGUCCCAGUUGGUAGUUUGAAAGACCACCAAGCAGAAGUCAAUUGGGUCUGGCCCUAGAUGGGAAAGUGUCUGGGAAAACUGCAUGUGCCACCCUGGGUUCCACGAUGGUGUAUUUACAGGUAUGUAAUGAAUAUAGCAUGCCAGUACCGGAUGAAAUGGUACAGCCUAUCUAACUGUGCGUUCUUGCAUUCAGCUUUUUCUUCCGGAGAUGUUUACAUCCUCCACCUUGCUGAAGAUUGCAAUCUCAUAUUGAAACUGACACUUGAAUGAGUCAGUAUUUUGGAAGAAAUCUAUAAUUUCAGGCUGGCAUGAACUUGCAAUAUAAACCAAGUGCUUUAAUCAGAGUAAUAUCCUAGGUAUUAGGUUUAUUUCUGUUGAUUGCUGGCUUGGUUACUUUGUUGCAUAAACUGAUGAGGUUUUGUUCUGGGUGGGUGUGUUUUUUGCGGCCUUGUGAAUCAUUCAUGUAAAAUGUGCAAAUAGGUGUUUUUUUAGAAAGUUACUGUGUGUUUUUUCUUUUUAAGGAUUUCAGCAUGGGACAAAUUCCAGAACGAAAGCAUCAAAUCUAGAGGCCACCAAGUCAUGGCGCUCAUGUGUCUCUAACACAUGUGUCAUUUGUGUGCAUGUUCUGGAUAAUGUUUAGGCUGCAAACCUGUGCCCAAUUAGCUAAAACCAUUGAAGUCAGUCAGACUUAACAUCUGUGUAGGCAUCUUAAAUUCUAUUUGUGAAGAUCUAUAUUUAUAUUCAUGCUAGGACUGCAAUACCAAUUAACUCCACACCUAUGCUGAGAAAUACAAAACUUCACGUCUUUCUGGAAAUUGUUUUAAUUCAUUGUUGCUGAAAGUUAUAUUGAUCUAGAUUGCUUUUACUCUGUCACAGCUGCCCCACGGCAAAGAAUAGAGCUAACCUUUGAUGAACCAUACUACAUAGAGCCUUCAUUUGAAUGUCGAUUUGAUCACCUCGAAGUUCGAGAUGGACCUUUUGGUUUCUCCCCACUCAUUGAUCGCUACUGUGGUCUAAAAAGCCCUACUCUAAUUAGGUCAACAGGGAGAUUUAUGUGGAUAAAGUUUACCUCAGAUGAAGAACUAGAAGGACAGGGAUUUAAAGCAAAAUAUUCAUUUAUACCAGGUAAAAAAUAAAUAUGCUUUUUCUUUCUUUGCCUGUUAGAGAUUCUGCCCAACUGGUGUUGAAUUUAGUUGGGUAAAUCAAUAUUAACCCAAUAUAUUUUGCUCAGAAUUGGUUAUUGUUGAAGGCUGCAUAUAAAAAUCAUGGAGCAGAACUUUCUUUUUAAUGUUCUUGUGCUCAUGACUGCAGGAGGGUAAACGCAGCUAUCCUGUUUCAAAUGUCAGAAGCAGAGAUUUCAAACCAAGAUUGUGAAUGACAGGGUGCCUUGUAGGCCUUGAAACUUAAAAUCAUCCUUAAAUGGGGAAAUUGGCAUUAUCUGUCUCUUGUUCAUUCACUCCACAUACACAUGUGGAAACUGGCAUUUUAUAUAUAUCCACACACCAUGCAGAUAUGAUUAGAGUUGUGUGCAUGCUCAUUCCCCUUUCAAAGCUACAAUUCCCAGAGUUCCCUGGGAAGAGGGACUGGUGGUUAAACCACUCUGCGAAUUGUAGGUCUGGGAGGGGAAUAGGGGCCUCCUAACAACUCUUGGCACUCUUUACAAAUGACAGCUCCCAGAAUGCUUUGGGGGAAGCCAUGACUGUUUGGAGUCAUAUUAUAGAGCUUGAAAUGUAAGGUACAUAUGUAACUAAGUGAUAAGGAACCUGUCUCCCCUCAGUUCAGUAUCCUAGUGUACUAUAUUAUUAUUAUUUUUGCAUCUAGAAGGUCCUUUUUUUGAGACACGGGUGGCGCUGUGGGUUAAACCACAGAGCCUAGGACUUGCUGGUCAGAAGAUCGGUGGUUCGAAUCCCCACGACAGGGUGAGCUCCCGUUGCUCGGUCCCUGCUCCUGCCAACCUAGCAGUUCGAAAGCAUGUCAAAGUGCAAAUAGAUAAAUAGGUACUGCUCCGGUGGGAAGGUAAAUGCCGUUUCCGUGUGCUGCUCUGGUUCGCCAGAAGUGGCUUAGUCAUGCUGGCCACAAAGCUGUAUGCCAGCUCCCUCGGCCAAAAUAGCGAGAUGAGCACCGCAAUCCCAAAGCCGUCUGCGACUGGACCUAAUGGUCAGGGGUCCCUUUACCUUUACCUUUAACAACUCUUGGCACCCUUUACAAAUGACAGCUCCCAGAAUGCUUUGGGGGAAGCCAUGACUGUUUGGAGUCAUAUUAUAGAGCUUGAAAUGUAAGGUACAUAUGUUACUGAGUGAUAAGGAACCUGUCUCCCCUCAGUUCAAUAUCCUAGUGUACCAUAUUAUUAUUUUUUUGGCAUCUAGAAGGUCCUUCUUUCUGUUUAAACCUUCAGCUCUCCCAGGCCAAUCAUUAUGUUUUUUCUUCUUCAUUACAGAUCCUGACUUCACAUACCUAGGAGGUAUUUUAAAUCCCAUCCCAGGUCUAGUAUUGCAGUACUAAUCUCUUUUGCAUAUUAUAUUUUAAAAAUUUCUCUUACCUUUAAUUUGACAGCACAUUGUGUCUGCCUCGCUUUAGAUUGCCAGUUUGAGCUCUCGGGAGCUGAUGGGAUUGUGCGCUCCAGUCAAGUGGAACAAGAAGAGAAAACAAAGCCUGGGCAGGCUGUUGACUGCAUAUGGACCAUCAAGGCCACUCCAAAUGCCAAGGUGGGCCCUCCAAAUCAUUCACUGUGUAAUGAGCUCUCAGGUCAUUAGUAACUGGGAAUGGCCAUUAGUAAUGGUUUGCAUAUCGCGUCUCGUUCAUUUAAAUUAAUUACCUGUUGGUGGUAAUGAGAAACGAAGACAGAUGUUGGUUUCACAGACUGCUUCUGGUGCACAAAAAAAGUGUUACUUUUUCAGACCCAAUCUGCACUGUUCUGCUGUUUAGAAACCAACCAUUAUUGGUUGUGGGGGUCAAAAGAUGGAUAUAAAUAUUUGAAUAUGGUUUCUUCCAACUCGGCUCCAGUGUCUGAUUUAUUUUUCCUCUUCGGCGCUACUAUUCUUUAUAUUUAACAUAGGUGUUGGUCCAAAUGCAUGGAAAUCAUAUUCUUUUAUCAGAAAAAUCCCUUUGCUAUGGGGCCAGGCCAAGGCCAGCAGACCCAUGAGGUGGGAUGAGGCAGUCACCUUAGGUGGUGGAUCUACCCACAACCACUGCUGCCUGCCUGCCUCUUUUUACUCCCCAGGCUACCAUGCAUGCCAAUGGGGGGCAUUUUCAGUUUUGCCUAGGGCAGCAAAACACCCUGGGCCUAGCCCUGGGCCAUGCUUACAAGACAAUUUACUCAGUUUAAAAUACUAUGCUGCGCAACGUAUUGGAAACUAAUCAUCAGUGCUUUAAUGGACACCACUGUUACAUUCUGUAACCAAAUUUUUCUAUCCAAACUUAAUAAGCUUUGCUACGUAGCUCCUAAACUACAUAACUCUCAAAAUCUCAUGGAAUCUGGUUGGGCCAGGGUGGUUCUGCUAUAGUUUUAAUUUGUUUUCUGAUUCAGAUCUAUAUUUUAAUAUUGCAGAUUGUUGACUAUUUGAGGGUGCAACAAAAUAGUCUUCACAUUUACCAAAUUGCAUGCCUUGUUGUGUUAUGUCAGGUUAAAGAAGACUGUAACCAGUCUAGCUUCAAUAUACUUAUUCAAAUCUUGGCAUCUUUUUCUAGUUGACACCACAAUGCAUCUUCUCUACACAUGCCUAUGAUGGGAAAUUAUUUUCUUGGUUAACAUUCAAUAAUUACAUCUCCACCCAAUCUGUGGUUAAACUUGCAGAUUAAUUUGAAAAGGGCUUGAUGCUGUGCAUAAGUUUUCCCACAAUUUAGAUACCCAGAACUAGUUAGGACCAUGACAACAGCAUGCACACACAUCCAUAAACAUUCUCUGGUGCUUUUGUUUUGCUCUGUUUUGUAUUUUUAAAAAGCUAUUUAAGAGUAGUGCAUAAGGGAAUAUAAACAAUGUACUUGCUGUUCACAUUGAUUUGUGAAUCUUAAAGCACUGUAAGCUAUCGACAUCGCAGCUUGUAUUCCAAGAGUAAGAAAUCAAAUUAUAUCCCUCCCAAUUCAUCUAUAUUUGAAACAUCUGAUGCUUAUUUAUAAAUUUCAUUGAAUAUUGCUGGAAUGCAUAUCUUCAGUUGUGCGCUUAUUAAAUUGAAUUAUCUUCCUAACUUGCAGCGCUUUGAUUGGAUUAUUUAUGGUGUAUCAAGCUCUAAGUUUGACAGGAUUCAAAAUGCUACUGGGCUUAUCUUGCUAAGGUUUGGGGCCAUGUGUUUUAGCACUUUACGGCUAAAAUUCCAUCUGGAAAUAAAUAUCAAUCUAAUAACCAGACAGUACCACUUACAGGUAUGCAUGUAAAUGCAGAUGUGACUAGGUGAGUUAAUGGCAUGAAUUGUUUGAGGAAAAUAUAUUUAUUCUGUUUGUCUGCAAAGCACCACAUUUAUUUAAGAAUGGAAUGGCUGUUAGUCACUAUUUUUAAAAAAAUCAGGCUUAUUAUGAGAAUGGCGGGGUAAGGAGUAUAGCUGGAAAUUGCAAGUUUAUAUUUAUAUAUGCCUAAAAUAUAUUUACAAGCUGUUUGCGCCUUUCAUCUAAACGAAAUGUGUAAACUUUUAAAAUCAAGAAUAAUGUUUGCAUAUUUGGCUUGUCAUUUUUUUAUUAUUAUUACUUCUUUUAAAAGCUUUCCCCUGCCCCUUACCAACAGAUAUAUUUGAGGUUUCUAGACUACCAGAUGGAACAUUCAAAUGAAUGCAAGAGAAACUUUGUGGCUGUGUAUGAUGGGAGCAGUUCUAUCGAAAACCUGAAAGCAAAGUUUUGCAGCACGGUGGCUAACGAUGUGAUGCUGCAGACUGGAAUUGGGGUGGUACGAAUGUGGGCCGACGAAGGCAGUAGAUUGAGCAGGUUCAGAAUGCUCUUCACAUCAUUCGUGGACCGUAAGUGUACUGUAAUGCAUCCUUUUAGGAACUAUGGCAAAAUAUUGUUUAGAACUUUAAACUCAGAGCUGUUUGCUGUUUACUCCAUGAAUGUACGGAAUUGACAACAACUGCUUACAGACACUACUUUUGCUAUAUAUUAGUGGGUGACUCCAAACCGUAUAAAAUAUCAUGUAAGGCUCAUCAGCUGGAAUCUUUUAAGAGAAGGCGAUUGCGAGAUUCAGUUGUCAUUUGCAAGCUUUGCCUUGCUAUAGAACAGCUACACUUCUACAGUGUUGUGUUCUCUCUUUAGAGCGGGGCGGUUGACCUCUGUGUUUGGAAAAGUCCUGUUCCUUUAUUUGUGGCAGAACUGCAGGAUGAAUAAUUAAUGUGGCUUUUAGAGUAUAGAAGGAAACAGGGUUUCUUCUUUAACAGAUUGGGCAUUUUGAAACUGGAAGUCUAUCUGAAAUCAUUGACCGCUUUGAUCUAAAUCUAGUCUUCAGUGCAGUCUCCUGGAAACUUUGGAGUCACUGCCUUCCUUAAACUAAGUCUCAUAGUUAAGAACAGCUGGAAAUAGCAAGAAGUGUAAUUAACUUUAAAUUGCAUUAAUGUGAUACCUAAUUGGUUGUUGACCUUAAUAAUCAGCUUUACACUUUAAGCCUCAAUAAACAACAAGGCAAAAAGUGUUAUAAUUUAGAGAAUAUGACUCAUAACUAAAAGCAUGGGCCAUUUUCAACCACUGACUAGGCUGGGGAAAGCACAGUAAAGGAAAAUGCUAGAACACUUGUAUUUACAACAAAACAAUCCUCAAAAUAAACGCCACCCAAAGAUCAUUGCUGGGGUGAGAGGGUAGAAUAGCGCUGAUAUGCUGCUUUGAAUAAAUACUCUGUGUGCUUGUGUAUGAUUGAUGCUGUACUUUACUAGCCACAGCUGUGGGAUUAUUAUGAAUGUGCCACUUUGUAGCAUGCAGAAGACUUCUUCCUUCCUUAAAUUCUAAGUCCAAUUAUAAAGUGCCCAGCGUUUUUGUUUGUUUGUUUGUUUUUGUGUUUGUGGUUUUUUUUGGGGGGGGGUUACUUAAGGGUACGCAGUACCAGCACCUUUCCCCCCCUGCACUGGUUAAAAGUGUGGCACCUACUGUAACAAGUUCAUGGAGAGUACCGGCACCCUUUUUCCUAGAAGAAAAGCACUGGAAGUGACUAUCUAUCUAUCACUCUUAAGUUUGGGUAACUCAUAACUCUUUCCCCCUUCCUUCCUAGCCCCCUGCUCAGGCAGCACAUACUUUUGCCAUAGCAACAUGUGCAUCAAUAAUUCUUUAGUCUGCAACGGCAUUCAAAACUGUGCAUACCCAUGGGAUGAAAACCACUGCAAAGGUGAGUGUGUGUUGCUAUGAGGGGCAACUGGGGCUGCCUGGCUUGUGCCUUCUGAUCCCCCCCAUCUCUCAAAUGAGUCAAGGUCAGGUUCUGAGACCAAGAUACUACGGUGGUACCUUGGUUUACGAACUUAGUCUGUUCCGCAAGUCCGUUCUUAAACCAAAGCGUUCUUAAACCAAGGCAUGCUUUCCCAUAGCAGCGGGGGAUUCAAUUUACAAGUGGAACACACUCAACAGGAAGCGAAACAGGUUCUGCUUCCAAGGCAAAGUUCACAAACACCUACUUCCAGGUUUGCAGCGGUCUUAAUCCAAGUUGUUCAUAAACUAAGCUGUUCUUAAACCAAGGUACCACUGUAUAAGCAAAAAAAAAAGAAAUUUAAUAGAAUUAUUCUCCCUAAUGGAGAUCAGCCUACCUAAACUUUAUAAGGCAAAGUGCACAUUAAACUUGAAGUGCAGUUCUGGAUUAUUUAUGUAUUAAGCUGCAUUUUCUAGUUUGGUAUCAAUUGUGAUUUGUUUCUUCACCUUGAAGCACCUUCAUUUGAGUUAGUAAACCAUACAGAUGCACUUACUGUGCAACACUAUAUCUCUCUGCUCACGGUGACUCGGUUUCCUGUUUUAUAGCUUAACAAAAAUAAAUCAGUCGCAGACCAGCUCUGGAUCAUUUACAACAAUCUUUUUUCCUAACGAACCUCCAGCUUGCUAGCAUGAAUCAAUCCUAGUCAGGGUGGCCUUUUUACCAACAAUUCUCUAGGCAACAAUUAUGAUACUUUUGUAUAUGUUGCCUGUGUCCUUUCAGUUCAGAAAUCUGUUCUAGCGUUUGUUGCGUGGCUGGAGCCAAACACCAUCCUCUGGGCUGAAAUAAAUUACUAUUCAUAUUUUGUCUGUAGAUGUGAAUGGACUUUUCUUUUUAAUACCCAAGAGAUAAUAAUGUCACUAUACCCCUUCUGAAUAUCUUAUUUUAUUCAUGCUCAUGCCUCUUGCCAUACAGAAGAAUGACCUUUUCUUCUAAAGCUUGCUUUUCAACCCCUUUCUCUCUUUAAGUAGCUAGAUAUAUAAAAUUACUGCAAUCCGCUAGUGCCAUCUUGUGUGCUUUCAUAUGAAGUGCUCACAUCACUUUAUGGUUUUUGUCACGUGGUGUUAACUUUUAGCGCUUCAGGUUGUGGCCCAUCUCUUCCCCCAACCCUCCAGUCAUCAAAACAAAGAUAAAAGGAGGAGAGGGCUGUCUGUGGCUACUAGCCAUGAUGGCUAUUUUCUGUUUCCAGGAUUAAAGGCAGCAAUGUUUCUGAAUGCCAGGAAAUCAUGGGGGGGGGGGGAGUGCUUUUGUACUCGGUCAUGAAAUUCUACUCAAUAUUGAUCCAGAGUAGAUUCCAAUGUAUAGUUAGCAGAGUAACAACUUAAACACGUUGCAGGAUUAAAAAAAGAAAAAAAAAGACCAGAGGCAAUUAAUAUUUCAUCCAGCAGAGCAUUACUGCUACUGAAGGCAAAUGAGCAUAAUGGUCACAAAUCCAAUACAAUCAGGAUUGGCACUGUCCUUAAGAAAUCCAGUUGCAGCAGACUUAACUUAAACUUACAAUAACUUACAAUAAGUCUAAACCUUAACACUAUGUACAGAACACCGCACCAGAAAGAAGAGAGAUAGAAAGAGAAAGUGAAGCCCAGCCUCCUUCUGGCCCUACUUUUAUAGUCAGCAUGACCUUGCCUGAAAGAGAGAACAGAACCAGUUUAAGUCAGCUGUACUCAGCUUCUCUGAAGGUAUAACCUAAACACCAUGAACCGUCUGCUUGUUUCUUUCACACAGAGAAGCUUCCAGAACCCUCUUAAUUAUAAUAGGAAAGCUCAGAUCAAUACUUUCUGCACUAAGAAAUGCAAACUGACAUACUCCAACCAUUCUUGUUGGGUUCCCACAGACACCUGCUUGUCCACUGCAAGAACAGGAUACUGGCCAAUAUGGGCCCAUGGCCUGAUCCAGAAGGCUCUGCAUGUAUUCUUAUGUCGCGUUGCCCUCAUAGUUAGUUGCCCUGCUUUCGACCAUAGUCUCCCACAUAAGCAGCUCCUAUGUAAAUAAAACAGCGAAGAAGUUGGUGCUGGUAGAAGCUGCACAAAGAACUUGUUACGUUUUAGAAUUCCUGGGUUAAGAUUACUCUGCUCCACGCCGGUUCAAGCUUGAGGAAACAGGGGGAAAGCUAGCAGAUAAAACAUGUAAAACAGCUCAGCAGCAAAAGCUGGAUUUUUAAAAAAAGCAGAGUGCAGGGUUUUCUCCCUCUCUGUUGGGUGACGGACUUAAUAUUGGCAUAUGACAGUCUUAAUGUUGCUUGUUGCUGCUUGGUUCCCUUUUUCUUUUCUUUUUUUUUUUAGAAAAGAAAAAAACAGGGCUGUUUGAGCAAAUCACCAAAACUCAUGGGACAAUAAUUGGGAUUACUUCAGGAAUCGUCUUGGUCCUUCUCAUCAUCUCGAUCCUGGUGCAGGUCAAGCAGCCCCGCAAGAAGGUGAUGGCGUGCAAAACCACGUUCAACAAAACUGGUUUCCAGGAGGUUUUUGACCCACCUCAUUACGAGCUCUUCUCACUGAGAGACAAAGAGAUCUCCGCCGACUUGGCUGACCUGUCUGAAGAACUUGAGAACUACCAGAAAAUGAGACGCUCCUCAACAGCUUCGAGGUGCAUCCAUGACCACCACUGUGGCUCCCAAGCCGCAACUGUAAAGCAAAGCAGGACCAACCUCAGUUCCAUGGAACUUCCUUUCCGCAACGAUUUUGCACAACCUCAGCCAAUGAAGACCUUCAAUAGCACUUUCAAAAAAAGUAGCUAUACCUUCAAACAGGCUCACGAGUGUCCAGAGCAGGUGAUAGAGGACAGGGUGAUGGAAGAGAUCCCUUGCGAAAUCUACGUGAGGGGUCGAGAGGACGCUGCUCAAGGCUCAUUAUCAAUGGACUUCUAAUCUGCUUUUGAAGGUGAAAUGGGUGUGUGUAAAUAUUAUAUAAAUAUAAUGUAUGUGAAUGUACAAAAAUGUACCAUACGGAAUUCGAUGGAGACAUGUGUAUUCAUUCUUUUUUUCCUUCUUUUUUUUAGCUCAUUUAUUUUAGGGUUGUUGGGUUUUUUCCCCCUGAAAGAAAACUCUUCAUAAAUCAUUUUUUCCUUGUGAACUGCCCAUCUGCUUGGAGAACAGAAUAACAGGUUUUGCAUGAGGCUUCACACACACAAACACAAAGAUAUAAAUCAGUGUAUACUCCCUCCCUUGCUUCAUUCCUGCAGGUUCUUGGUCUUCGAGUCAAAAGCUUAAUUACUCCAGUAAUAAUAAAAAAUAAGUGGGUACAACACCAUAUAGCUUAACAUCAAAAGCAGUUAUCAUAUUUGUCAAAUUGUAGCUAGAGUUAUUGUGUUAAGUGCCAAUUAAGACUCAAAUGAGUUACACUGCAUUCCAUCUGGUUCAUCUUGUCUAAUUUUUAUAUCGCUGCCUUUUUAAUUACUGACUCCUUAAAGCCCAGUCCUAAGGCUUUCUAUGCCAGCAAAUAAAUGGUGUACUGGCGGCUGCUUCUGGUGACAAUGGGACAAGAUUUUAAGGACAUCAUACCAGCACAAAUAUUCAGGACCUCCAAGUUCUGUGGGGGGAAAUGAAUGAAAUGGGUUUCUUGCCUUUUAAAAGCGUUUUAAUUUUAUCUUUGAACUCAGUUCCUUUAGGAAAAUCAAGUUUUUUGUCUUUGGCAGACAAAAUCCAUUGGUAAUUUCAGCAUCACACCAAAUCUCUAGUUGUGUUAACAUCCUAUCAUGCACUGAUAGCACUUCGUGCUAAGCACAGGUAAGACAUCACCACAACACUUGUUUGACGGUUAUCAGAAAAAUGUGUUAACAACGUUUAGAACAUGACUUGUAUUAUCUUCUUGCAGCAAUACAUCAGGGAUUUCGAAAACUGCUGAAAGGCAAUUUCUGCCAUAUUAACAUGGUGCAAACGUUAUUGUUGCAGGUACUUAACUGUGAAAGAAUAUUGGCCCGUGUCUUUCAAAAUAUUUGCAGCAAUGUUGGUGUCCUAAAGCAGUCUGAGCGUUCUUCCCGCACAUGUCGUUGGUGGAAUAAAUAGCUUUUGCUUUCUUUUGGUGAUGCAGGUUGUUGAGAAAUACAUUUCCCCCCUGUGUUGCAAGAAUUCAGAUUACUCUGUAUGGCAGAGCUGAGCCAAGCCCUAGGCCAACUUUUUUAUGAUGUGUGUAUUACAUGAACACUAUUUAAAUUCAUUACAAAUUGUGUGGGAUGCCUACUUACAAGUUAGAUUCAAAUGCCUUUAUGAGGCUUUCCUCUGCAGGAAUCUUGGUACCCUUGUUGUUGGAAGGUUCUCCAGUGCCACAAUACUCAGGCUUCCCUGACCAUCUUCAAAGGCAAAAAGCAUUAACCUGCAAUUGGUUACCAUUCAUUGAGCUCUUUCCCCACAAGUAGCACUGGUUACUAGUCAGCCCAAGCCAUCAAAGCCCAGAUGCCAACAUGAAUAAAAUAUUGGGGGGGAGCAGGUAAGCCCAACCCCACAUGAUCAUAUGAUACAGUGCACACACACCAUUUGAAUGGCAAUGCCCAUCAACUUUUGGGGGGGUGACCCCCCCCAAUAUUUUAUUGGGUGGGCAAAGGGACCUCGGCCCCUAGGAGUUGGCUCCUAUGCCAUAUGCUAAUCUAUAGAAAUUGUAAGGCAAAACAUCUAUUCUCUCUACUUGUUGCCUCUCAGAAAAGAACCUGAGAUGAUGUUGGACUUCAGUUCCCAUCAGCCCCAACCAGCACGGUUGAUGGUCAGGGAAGAUAGGCAUUCUAGUCCAACAACAUCUGGAGGGCCACAAGUUUGUUACUGCUGCUCUAGACACAAGGUGUUCUCUCUAUCCAUUAGAAAGAAGGUUCUUUGAAGAAUGUGGCUUGGUCAGGGGCUGGACUAGGAGCCCCACAAAUCCCACUUCUCUAGUGUCUUUGUCCUGCCUUGUCCUGUCAUGGAAUAUUGUAAGUUGUGCUCCUUGACUUUAGGCUAAGGUCUGUUCACAGGUCAGGCUGAAGAAAGAAGUAUCACUUCACAUUUUUGUAAUAUAUUCUUAACUCUACAGGUAUGGCUUCCAUAUUUUUAUGAUCAAAUGGUUUAUAAAUGGAACUCUCCAACUUUUCUUAGACUUUGAUAUAACUCGACACUGUAUGACCUAUGUCUGCCACUCAAGCACCUGUACAGCAAACUGAUUAUCAGUGUGCAUGUUAACAGCUAUGAACUGCAGUGUUGCUACUUGUGAAGAACACCUGGUUUCUUUACCAUCUAGCCUUUUAUAAAUCCACAGGUUUCUUAAGCUUUCUUUGUUUACAUAUCUGUUUUUCACUAAAUGUGACCUUGCAACUCUGAGCCAAUGGGCAAUACCCUGUAUUUUAAAAAAAAUGUAUGAUAAAGGAAAGUUACAAAUUAUUUGUUGUACUGACUUGCAG